GGCCCGACUCGACUCGGCGCUCGGCGUGCACCGCCCCGGCAAGUAGGGGCGGAGAGAAGAGAUGAGCCUGCCGCUGCCGCGGAGCGAUCGCCGCCGCCGGCCGACCCCCCGUAGCCACAGGCCACCGGAUAACGCGCGGCGCAACGCAACUUUCCAAGGAGGCAAGGACGCGCGGCGAGUCGGCCACACCCCGCCCUUCCCAUCAAAACCCCCCGCCUCCGCGCGCCAAUCACCAGCAGCAGCAGCAGCAGCAGCUCACUCUCGCCUCGCCUCCCCGGCACGGGGAGCCAUGCAGCCCGACGCCAACUCCCCCUCGCUCCGCCUCGCCCGCGUCGCCGCGCACCUCAACCCGCAGCGCCCGCAGAUGGAGGAGGAGGGCGCGCCGGCGCUGAGGCCCGCGGCGUGCCGCGCCAAGGGCGGCGCGCCGGGGUUCAAGGUCGCCAUCCUGGGGGCGGCGGGAGGGAUCGGCCAGCCGCUGUCGAUGCUCCUGAAGAUGAACCCGCUCGUGUCCGUGCUGCACCUCUACGAUGUCGUCAACACGCCCGGGGUCACCGCCGAUGUCAGCCACAUGGACACCGGCGCCGUGGUUCGGGGCUUCCUUGGGGCACAACAGCUUGAUGCAGCACUUACAGGAAUGGACCUUGUUAUCAUACCCGCUGGCCUCCCUAGGAAACCUGGAAUGACAAGGGAUGAUUUAUUCAACAAGAAUGCCGCGAUUGUUCGCAUACUUUGUGAAGGAGUUGCCAGAUGCUGUCCUGAUGCGAUUGUGAAUUUGAUCAGCAACCCAGUGAACUCAACUGUACCCAUUGCUGCUGAGGUUUUUAAGAAAGCUGGAACAUAUAAUCCCAAGCGUCUCCUUGGAGUCACAACACUUGAUGUUGUGAGGGCUAACACCUUUGUGGCUGAAGUGCUUGGAGUUAAUCCAAGAGAUGUCAGUGUUCCUGUUGUUGGCGGGCAUGCAGGGGUAACCAUAUUACCCCUCCUCUCCCAGGUCACCCCUCCAAGCUCAUUCACUCAGGAAGAAAUCAAAUAUUUGACGAACCGCAUACAGAAUGGUGGCACAGAAGUUGUGGAGGCAAAGGCUGGGGCAGGCUCUGCAACUCUGUCAAUGGCUUUUGCUGCUGCCAAAUUUUGUGAUGCAUGCUUGCGAGCAAUGCGGGGUGAAGGUGGCAUCGUGGAAUGCUCAUAUAUUGCGUCUCAGGUGACAGAGCUGCCGUUCUUUGCAACAAAAGUGAGGCUGGGCCGUGGUGGAGCUGAGGAGAUCCUCCCUCUUGGACCUCUCAACGAAUUUGAGAGAGUUGGCCUGGAAGCGGCAAAGAAGGAACUGAGUGAGAGCAUUCAGAAGGGCAUCGCUUUUGUGAACAAGUGAUACGGAGGAAGGGAUCGUCCCCGAGAUCCCCGACCGUACAUAGAUGUAAGAGCGUUGUGAUAUAGUGCUCCUAUACCUGUAAAUAUCACUUUUGUAAAACAAUAGUAAAAAAUCUAAUUACCCUUUAGCAAAUUGCAUGGAAUAAAUUUUUCGUCUUCAUUAGCGGACAA